AUGAGGCAUAUAGUGAUUCUGAUGACUCUCAUAAGCGGUGCGUUCACUGCUCCAUUUGUGAAGGGGGAGCAGGCCAAGAAAAUUUUACGUCUAAAGAGGCAGUCUGGAUACUGGGACCCCAAUUAUGCACAGAACCAAUGGGGUUAUACCUUACAGGAGCAGGCAAAUGAAUACUGGACUGAUUUGAGAACAAAUGCUCAGUAUUACAUGGACAUGGGAAACCUGGUGUUUGACCGUUCUCUGGCUGAUGAGACCAAUAGGCUCUACAUGGACAUGCUGAGGGAUGUAAGAGCACAGCUGGAUGCACACACAGGCCAACAGUGAUUGAUAUGGACAAAAACUGAUUAAGUCAAUGGCGAGUGCUGAGACAGCUUUGCUGAUCUCAUGGUUGUGAGCAGAGCAGCUGCCAGUUUUUGCUGCUGAGGUCUCUAAGAGAUUUCAAUUAGUCUGCAGCAAUGCUUUUCAGCAUAGUAUAAAAUGCUUCUAAAUAAAAUGAAGUAAUCCAUCAUCAAUGUAUUAAUU